AUGCCACUUAUCCAAACCAAAAUUCUAAAAAUUGACACUAGGAUUUGGUGGGCAGUUUUCUUUCUUGCUCAAUGUUUAAUUGCCGCAUUGAUGAUGAUCUCCUUUGCUCUUCCCGAGUGAACAGAAAUAAAAGGACCAAUUCACAUAAAAGGCUCGCUCCGCAAUGUUAAAUAUAGUUAACUACACUGACUGGCACGGGGUGCUUUUGGCUCGAAAUUGAGCCAAAAGCACCCCGUGCCAGUCAGUGCAAUUCAUUAUACUUCAAUGGUAAACAUCCUGAUAUUUCCUACGACGACUUUUAUGAUGACUAUUGCGACACAAAUAUCAUCGCUUCUAAUAAUUUUUGUGACGAAAUCAAUAACCUUUGGAAUGGAGGCGGCUGGUUUGAGGUUUUUGAAUUUUUAUCCCUGGUUUCUCUUUUCCUGUGGUUUGGGUCCUUUACUUUUUGGGUAGUCCGCUGUGGCUGUGACUGCCACUAUACAAGGAGGCCGCAUUACUCGUCCUUAAAAGCCAUUUUAACGAUGGUUUUUCAUUUUAUUGCAUUUUUUACAUGGGUAAAUGUGACUGAUGCAAGCUUCGACGAUAGUUGCAAGUAUAAUGUAAAGACGGAUAAUAAUCCUGGGACUUGCACAAAAGAUGGGCCGAAUAUCGCAUUAUUUUUGACAAUUUUUAUACCAAUUGUGGUGGUUCUUUAUAUCAUUGUUUCGCAUGUGGCGCAUCAAUGGAUUAUAGUUAACUACUCAGGACAGAGCUACUAUGGGAUGCAGUAUGUGAGGAAUCCUGGGGUUGUGUACCAGCAAAAUCAAGGGUAUCAACAAGGGUAUCCGCAAGGGUAUGUGAUGGGCCAGCCAGGAGUGCAAUAUGCACCUCCUCAAUAUCAAGGACAGUAUCCUGGACAGCCUGGAAGCUAUGGGUAUGAGCAAAUUCUGAAUGCACAGUCAGGGCAGGCUCAAAACCCUCAAUUUGCUGGGCCUGGAGUAAAUCUUCCAAGGGCGUAG